AUGGCGCAUGAGGCCCAAUGUACACCCGAGGCGUCUGAAGUCUCCCUGGAAGAAGAACAGUCAAUACCCUCUACUCGUUCAGAUGCCAGAUCCUACACAUCGGAGUCAGAGGAAGACAAGUCUUCCUCAACAAAAGGAGGCAUAAAGAUACUCUUGGUAGAACUAAGGAAGGUCUGGAGGGCAUACUUCCAGAAAGUCCAGAUGGAAGUGGAAGAGGUACACCAGAAGGUCCAAGGCCUAGAAGCACGUGAUACUUCCAGAGAAGAAAACCUCUGGGCUACCCACCAUACCCUGCAAGGGCUCACCUCACAGGUACAACAACUGAGACACACAGUGACCACAAUGGAGGCAAGACACAGGAGUAAAAACCUGUGCCUCAAAGGUUUACCCGAGACAGUCAACAACGCACAGCUCCUUCCCUACAUCCACAAUCUCAUAACAGCCAUGGGCAUUAGAUGCAGCACCGAUAUUCCACAGAUCACCACAUCAUUUCGAGUGUGGAAAUCUGUGGCAGCCCCCAGUGAAGAACCCAGAGAUGUCAUUAAGAUGACCCGAGAUAUCUCUGUUAGGUCUGCCAAAAUGACCCGAGCCAGAGAAAUGGGCACAAUACCUAAUAAGGGCCACAUGGUGGCUAUAUACCCAGAUACACCUUUCUCCGUCCUCAUGGAAAAAAAGAAAACUGGCACCUAUAGCCAGGACACUAAGAGAAGCUAA